AUGCAGGACACCAGGGCCCGUGACGUGCUGCGUGGAGGGUCUGUGAGAGCGCUCGUAUUGGUGGCGGUACUCAGCCUGUGCAUGCUCCCUGCUGUCCGGAGGUUGGGCUUCAGAGCUCUGUCCAUGGCUUCACAAGCAUACAAUCCCGGCACGCACUCUGCUGCCUUCAUCACCUGCCCCAACCACACGGUGGCGCUGGAGCUGGCGCGGGGCAUCGUCCAGAGGAAACUGGCCGCUUGUGUCAACAUUGUCCCUGCCAUCAAAUCAGUGUACGAGUGGCAGGGGAAGAUCGAGGAGGAUGAUGAGGUCCUGCUGAUGGUCAAAACCAGGAGCUCCAUGGUCUCAUCUUUGGCCGAGUUUGUCCGGUCCAACCACCCGUAUGAGGUGGCAGAGGUGAUCAGCCUGCCCAUCGAGCAGGGAAACCCCCCGUACCUGAAGUGGAUUGGAGACAUGGUCCAGGAGGAGCCUGCUGCUUCCACCAGCGACUGA